GGUCAGACGCAUAGGAGACUGGAAUACUAACUCACUCUGAAAAUGAGUUACUGUAUUUAUAAGACAAUCUAAAGAAGAGAAGUAUACUAGGUCUGCUGUAGGCUACUGUUCUUCACUUAAACCUUUAAUCCAGUCAUUUUAUCUUCAUAAAAUGGAGGUAUCGUGGAACUUCAGGUUCGGUAUCGUCAUCCUUGGAGACUCAGCAGUAGGAAAGUCGUCUCUGCUCCAUCGCUACACAGAGGGCACGUUUGACGACUCCAGGCAGUCACCACUCGGAAUAGAUUUUAAAGUUCACCACCUGGAUUUUGACCCUGGCGUCGUGGUUAAAAUGCUCCUGUGGGACACUGCUGGACAAGAGAGGUUUCGGUCAAUUGCCAAGUCCUACAUGAGGAACUCUGUUGGAUGUCUACUCGUCUUUGACAUCUCCCAGAGACAGACCUUUGAGCGAAUUCGCAGCUGGCAAGAGGAGGUACUGGACUAUGUCAAACCCAACCCGAUGAUCUUUCUAUUGGUGGGCCACAAAUGUGACAUGGACGUACAAAGACAGGUCACCAAAGAAGAAGCAGAGUCGAUGGCUAAGAAGCUCAACAUGCUGGGCUAUCUGGAGGUCUCCUCAAGAGACAACACAAACGUCAGCCUGGCCUUUCAGACUCUGGCCAAGGGCAUCUACGAUCACUUCCAGAAACGCCGCAUCUCCAUUCGAGAGGGAUGGUAUGGAUUCACAGUUGGAGCGCCUAUCCAGACUGAGCCGCCGCAGACAAAGAAAUCUGGUUGCCAGUGUGGUUGAGGCAAAAGUUACCGGUACACACACUGAAAAAGCCCGAUGAAUUGCACUUGUCUUUCUCCCAAAAGGCCUAUAAUGUUGUGCAAUAAAUCUGUUAUUGGUGGAGUAUGCGGUUUCUUUUACACUUUGAAGAAGGAAGCAUCCCGUAACAUGCACAUUGCAAGAAUCCCUUUGUCUUUAUUAUGUAAUUAUAUAGUAGUAAUAGUCUAAGAGUGCAAGGCUACACACUCUUAUUUUCCCACGUAUUGCAUGCUACUGACUGUCAUUUUGUUGAUUUGAAAUGUCUGCUAAAUGUAAUGAAAUGUAUUGACAUGACUAGUUUAGGCGUUUGAAGUAUUACUUUGACGUGGUCACGUGAUGACUGCUGAAAGUAUUUAAUUCUCAGUUGGACAGAACAUACAUGUAUAUCGACACGUUUUGUGCUUGGGAGUAUUAGACUAAGUAUUUGGAGUAUUAGACUAAGCAUGGCAGCUCCUCCUUAUGGAUCCUCUCGAGUAUUACUAACCGCUCUGUGUAAUAGUAAUGUAGGAGUGUAGUAGCCCACUACGCUUUUUUGAAACAGUGCUCCACUGAUGAAACAGCAGGCCUUAUGAUGCAACAUUACUUUA